AUGAUUUCUAGAUUGAAAUUGUGCUCUCCGGUACUAUCAGACGAAAAAAAAACUUCUAGAGACGACACUGAGAAAUUAAUAAUGAGUGCUUGCCUUACGGUCCUUAGGAAAGAUAUGUCCUUGAAUAGAAGAUUAUGGAAUUGGCUAUUGGGUACCGAUGAUUCCAUAUCUACUCCAGUACUAGAAGUAGCGGGUGACGUAAGUCACAAUGGCACAAUUAGUGAUACGUCUUCUAAGAAUAGAAUGAUGACAAGAAUAAAGUACUUCACCGAAUACGGCCAGCAAUCGCUUGUUGAAGGGUUUUUGAAAUUGAUCAACUCUGAUUUUUUGGAUGACAGAAUAAAAGGUUAUAAAGUGAGUUUGGCAUUCAUGGACAAAUGGGAGAUUGGAUUAUUGAUUACUUCCAAGAUUUUUGUCCCAUUCUUAAGAUCCGUGCAAUCUUCGCUAUUUGAAAGUAACAAUUUGGGAAAGCCAGGAGCCCCAGAAGAGGAGGAAUCUGAAGAAAUCAAGUUCAAGAAGGAAAAGUACGAUGAACUAUUUAAAAGUGCAUCGGCAUUUUUUGAUACCAUUGAGUCAUCAAGUAUUUGGUCCACCUGUUUUGAGCUCAUCCACCAAGUUGCUGAUAUAAAGACGUUGAAUGAGAAUUUGAAAUUGUUGAUGUUUAUUAUUAAAAGUUUCAACGUGAGUGAGGAGGAUAUGGUGAUAGAUCAUUUGCCGCUUAUGUUGAUAUCAUUAAUCAUAUUAAAGCUAAACAAUUAUAAUACUGCUAUUGACAAUGCUGUGCUAUUUGAAAUCAUUAAAGAUAUUUUGGAGAUGAUUCCCGGCGAAGUGUUUUAUAAUGGUGAGGGAGAGUUCUUGAGUAAAGAACAGGCUUUAUAUUUGAAGGAAUUAUUUGAUGAAAAAUCAGAUAGCGAGACUUUCAAUCGAAAUAUUGAGGUAUAUAGUCAGAAAAUUUAUUCUAAGAUUGCAAAGAUUUAUCUGAAAGAAGAAGAUAUUAGCAGUUUGGGAAAUACUAUUUUACAGGAUGAUGAUGAUGAUGAUGAUGAUGAUGAUGAUGGUGAUGAUGAUGAUGAUGAUGAUGAUGAUGAUGACGAGGAUGACAAAUCAUUGAUUCAAAUAGAAGAAAAAUCAGACAUUGAUGAAACGAAGCAGACACUUGAAGUAUUGAAUGAUACGGAAAUAACAGAAAAUGAAAUGCUAAAUAAUAACGAGAGAUCGAUAUCCGUGUUCAUUCUAUUCACAUUCAUUAUGUGCAAAGCUUUAGAUAUCGAUCAAGAAAAUGGCUUAUUUUACAGCUACUCCACAUUAUAUUCCGAUAUGUUAGACAAGAUUCCAGUAAUGAAUUCUUCAAUUUUAGUUUGGAAGGAUAAUCAAUUAAACACCAAGGUCAUGAAUAAAGCACACAAAUUGAUUAAUGCUGUACAGAAAAAGAAUUCGAUUCACUCAAUUAGUAAUGUCGAUAGGAACUUAAUUCUUGAUUUUUACAGCCUUGGAAUAAGCGAUAAUAUUAUCGAUAGACAUAGUGAUAAUAACAGGUCCUCCAUCGAUGAUAGUUAUGUUUCGAUAGCAUUUGGUAUCAGCAGCUUGUUUGCCAAGCUUAUGAUGUCGUACACUGAGCCUCAUCAAAAGAUGAAUUUGUUGAAAUUGACAUUGGAAUUGUUAUAUAAUAUUUUGAUUUUACCGUCAAACAAAUAUCAAAUUGAGGCCACCACUUUUUUGUUGAGUUUGGAGCUUGCCAGUGAACCUGAGUAUAUUGAAUCAGGAAUAGCGUCUAUUUUUUCCAAGCUAAAUUCCCAAAAUGAAUUCGAAAAAAUUAUCAAAGUGGUCAAAAUUUUGUGGGGUCAAACCAGUACCAUUCCUUCAGAUAUAGUUGUCAGAAAGCCAAUAUUUAUCAUAUUAGAUGAAUUAAAGCAUCGCAAUUCUAAUUACUUGAUGAUAAGUGACUGGAUCACCUAUAUUCUUCAAGAAGAAAGACGUGACAGAUUCUUUAACAUCGUGAUAUCUCCGAUUUUGGAAUUCAAGUUUCUCUUCACAAAAAAGCUUGAAUUGAUUGAUGAUUUCGAUAUUUUCAACUAUCAUUUGGAAACGAUAAUUAACAUUUUCCAGGUAGAUGAAGCCAAUGUUACAGAAGCUUUGCAAAAUGAAAUUCUUCAAAUAGAUAGCAACUUAUUGGCAAUUUUGCAGCAAAAUUCUGAAAGCGGGAAUGGUAUUUCUACUUAUACCGGCUUAAUCAUUCACAUCCUAUUAGAAUUUUUAUCAUUGAAGAUCAAUUAUGAGAGCGAAACUAGUGGAAUAGGGUAUGAAAUAUUUGAAAGUGAAAGUUUUAAUAGAGCCAGUUUAUCUUGCAUAACUUUAUUGUCAUUGUUAUUGGAUGCUAAUGAAGCUAAUACCGAUGAAAUCAUGACUAAGUUGAUUAAUAUGUCGUACAAAAACUUGAAACAUGGCUUUGAAAAGCAAAAGUUAUCAAUCAACCCAUCCAUUGAACAACUUGUUUCCAUAAAUUUCUUCAAUUUAAUCUCAUCCUACAUUGAUAAAUGUCAUCACAAAGAUAAAAGAUUAUCGAUCCUUGAUAUCAACCUUGAAUCACCAAUUAGAUCAGAAAGAUCCCUUACAAAAUCCAAGGAAUUGAAAUUUAAUUAUAUUGAAUACUUGGUUUUCAGUCUUGGAUACGUGGAAAAUCCUUUAGUUUUCAAAUACUGGGUUAAUUUGUUAGUGAAAACUUUGGUUAAUUUAAGUGAUUGCAUAUUUCAAGUGUUGAUUCCGAUCACUGAGUCAAUUUGUGCGAAGAUUAAAAGUUUCUUUAAAUUGAUCAAGUUCCAGUUAGAAGAUAAGAAAGAGACCAAUGAUCAACAGUCAUCAUUCCUGAAUGUUGAUAAUGUGGAUCAAGUGAUUGGUUUGCUCAUGAACGCAUUGGAAGAACUUCUAAGUUAUAGUCAUAUGUAUUUAUCUGCCAGUGAGGCCAAACCAAAGGGUUCAUCUAAAAAUGUUGCUGCGGAUCCCGGUUUCUUGACCUCUGUCAUGUCAGGAGUGUUUUCAGUGGAAUCCCCCGAUGCUAUCAAUUUUGAAGAAAGUAAUAGAUAUACAGUCUUAUUGGCUUUUGAAAGUACCAUCGAGUCGUGCUUUGACAUUUGGUUAUGGGGUGAUAGUAAAACAAGCUUGACCAAGUACACUUCUUCUGCAAGUGCUACUUCUUUAGUUAAGCUUGGGGAGGUGAGCUCAAUUAUGAGCAACAAUGUUAGAGGGACCUUAGAUUCGUUGAAAUCUCUAGAAAACACUGCCUCGAAAAUCAAGUUCAAGUCAAGAAAAUUAUUAGAAAAAUUGUACCAAAUUGAACCUUUGCAGUUAUUGCACACGUUGAUGAAAGGAGAUCCGUCAUUUUCCAGCUCAUUAUUCAAAAUGUUACACGUUCUAGAUAACUCCAGACCGCAAAUUACCAUUCCACAUAUUUUCGAUUCUAUUAAUAUCAAAUUGAACCCUGAUGCCAUCAAGAGCGAUUACAAGUCCUCAUUAACAAACAAGUUUGUCGAUAAAAGUAUUGGAAUUUUUUUAGUGGAAUAUUUGAAAUCUUUGGAUAUUGAAGUCAUCGAGGAUAUUUAUACUGUAUCCAUGAAUUUUUUGAAAGAUGUGAAUGCCAUGUCGAUAAAUUACAAUUCGGUGAUACCAUAUAUUCUUCAGUUUGCCAGUAUAUUGACAAAAAAAUUGAGUAAAUUGAAAUUUGGCGAGCAAAAGAAAAUUAGAAAAGAAGUUGGGGAUAAUUACCUUAGAUUACUAUCUUACGCAUUGUCUUCCCGAGGGGUAUUAGGGAAAAGCCAGGCAUUACCAAUUAUUAACGAUUUUGGGGAAAUUAGUACUGAAAAUGGCAAACCUCUAUUGAAUAGCCACGAGGAGAAUCUUUCAGCGGAAAAAAUUAAUGAGAGUGUCAUCACCACUACUACGACAUCUCAGGAUAUCGUAACCAGAAAAGAUAUUUGUUUAGCGUUGAUCGCUAUUAUCCCUGAUCUAUCAAACCCAAUUAUUCAAGAGGGGGAAAAGUCAGUGACGGUGAUCUCCUCGAUUAUUUUGAAUGCCAUUCAACCACUUUUGAAAAGUCGAAAAGUCUCAGAAUUGCCAAACUAUGUGAUCGAAUUGAUUUUGGUGAUUUCUGAGCUGUCCAGUAGCAUGGGGAACAGAAUUUGGAGGGGAUUGAUUUAUGAAAUUUUCACCGACCCGGACUUCUUUAAUAUUGAUAUCAAUGAUAAAUACUUGAAAGAUAGCUGGGCGAGAAUCAUCAGUGCAUGGAUUAAUGAUGAUAAAGAUAAGAUUAUUGAAUUGAUCGCCAAGGUACAGCCAUUCAAUGGGAAUUCGUCAACAUUGUUCAAUUGGAAUGAAGGGGAAACCACUUCCAAAGUUUUGAAAUUGAAGAGAAUCACGUAUCUUUUGUUGAUUUCCACUAAUGAUAAGUAUAUGGGCUUGUUGAAAGAUUUGGUCGAUAAACUUGUGGAGGUGCUUCAGUCUUCUAAGAACGAAUUACAUUCUCAAGUGUUUUUAAGUUUGCGGGCGUUGGUAUUGAGAUUUUCGGCGACUCAUUUGAAUAAUUAUUGGAUUACCAUGUAUUCUGAAUUGGAAAAAGCCUUCAGUGAUUUUAUCAUUGAAAUGAUGAACUUUGAAGAAGAAAUGACGAAAGGUACUGGCGAAACUUCUAGAGAUCUUAGUGAACUGGUGGAUGUCCAAUUGUUGUUGUCCGCGUCUAAGCUUUUAGAUUUGAUAUUGACCCUUGGGUUUGAAGAAUUCCAACUAGAUGAGUGGAUUUUCAUUGAUGAUUCGAUGGAAACGGUUUCUAGAGGGAUCAUUGGUGAUGGGGCUUCUGGGAAGACUUAUCGUCUGGCUCCCCUUGUGAUUGGGUUGAUUGAUAAGAUCUCGAGACUUCGGGCGUAUAAGCUACCGAUUGCUAGUGAUGGAAGAAAAGUGAAGAUUGUUUCGGACGCCAUGAGUGAAAAUCGGUAUAAGAUUCCGAUGUUGUACGGAUAUUCUUAUUUGGAAGGUCUUGAGCUACUUAAGCCAUUUUUUGAUCUGUUGAGUUAUUACAAUUUUGAGCGAGUUUAUGGGUUGAAAACUCCGGAUUUGGAUAAAUGUGUUGAUGAUGUUUAUAAUGAUUUGUUUAAGUCACAUAGAUGA